CUCCCAUGAAACUCGUGCUUCUUUAAAUUCUCGUUCCUCACACCACUUUAGAGUCCCACACAACAGUUUCUUCCCGCCUCGCCAUUUAAGACGCUCUGAGCUUCUCAUCAUUCUUUCAUUUCACAAACAAACUCAAACCGAAAACAAGUCAACAACCAAACAUGUACACACCGGCCGCGGCAACCGUCGAGCUCGAUUUCUUGGGAGUCGGGACGACGACGAUUAUGGAUCAGCACCGCCACAACCAGCAGCGUGGUGGUGGUGGUGACACCUUCUCUACUGCCUUGCCCAAAUCUCCGUUCCAGAAGUUCCUCGAACGCGGAAGAAGCUUCCGAGGAAUCCAGGCCCGAGAAGUGAUUCCUAAUCUUCUCAGUUCCGAAGUUCUGAAAUCCGUGAUUGCGGCCAGGAAAUCCGUGGCUGCGGCUCCGGAGAAUUCCCCUGAAAAACCAAAAGCAAAGCCUAUGACGAUUUUCUACGGCGGAAGCGUCUCUGUUUUCGACGUCACUCCGGACAAGUUUGAGAGCAUAGUGAAGCUUGCCAUGGAAGAGAAAUUCAAAGCUGCUGGAGCUGCAGAUCAUCAACCACUGGAGCCAAAACAACAACAGCUGGUGAAUGUUGAGGAUCCUCUCAAUGAAGAUCUGCCAAUUGCUCGUGGAAAAUAUCUGCCAAUUGCUCGUGGAAAAUCACUCCAAAGAUUUUUGGAGAAGCGUAAAGAGAGGUUGAACACGGUGUCCCCAUAUGGUUGUCACACCACCAACUGCUAGGAGUCUAGGCCACGCCAAACGCGUUUCGCAACCGAAAAAAGUUACAAGACUUUAGAAAUCUAAUUAGAAAAGAAGGAGACGAGAGUAGUAGUACUUAGCAUUUUAUGUUUUUGCUUGAAUUAUGAAUGGGGCUCAAAAGAAAGAGUGUAUUCCCCCCUUGGCUAUAGUCUUUUUUUGACGUGAAUGCUGUACAAAGGCUUUUUCACGUUUUAGUUACGGGGGGCUUUUGCUUUGCUUUUGGCCUCGUAGUAUUAUUCUCUAUGUCGACUCGUCUCCUUCCUCCCACUUUCCUUAGUGGUCUUUAUGUGACCAUUCUUUUAUUAAUGUCAUAAUGUGUAAAGCAUUAUAUAUAUGACACUUCAAUUCAAUUCUUUAUAGAUUAUCAGUAUUAGCACCUA